UGUCUUUUCCUCACUAAAUUCUAAUGCGAAGGUUUUCCUAAAAUACGGGAGUAUCGCAUAUUGUAUAUUUAUGUUAUGACCACUGGUUUUGAUAAUACCCUCUUUGUUUCUCAAAAGUAAUUAUUUCGUUAAGUAGAUUGGCUUUUAACACUACGAUUCAGCCGCCGUUGCUAUGGAGAAGAAGCCAGGAGCCUCGUCGACGCCUCCCACUUCGUAACGCUUAGUUUACCGUUUCCAUGGUGACAUUGUUAAAUACCUCUCUCGUCUCUGAUAUCGCUGUCGACAGGGGAAAUUACGAUUAAAUAAAAUGAGUGUAUCUCCGACUCAUACAAUUCCCAAGAAAAAUUACGCUAACAAAGUUGUCAGGCGGCAACGGGUUUAUGACUACUUGUAUGAUCCAGUCUACACCGUGUCCUCGGAGCCAGACCAUGCCAGGUCAAACCUCAAGGCCUAUGCGUCUAAGGAUCGAGUAAGAAAAGUGCCUGAGUUUGGGUCUAUGUUCAGUAACCUGUCCCACCAUCCACGAUAUACUGUUCAAAUCGACCCUGCAGACCCAGUACCAGCCUCCAUUGAUCGUCGUUGGCGGGGCCACACCGAACAUCGCAAAGAGGCACUGCAGCAGCUGGCUGGGGUUAUACCUAACCACACACAGUCAUGGUUGAAAAGGGAGGAGUGCCACGUGACUGGAGCUGAUCGCUGGAAAUACUUUAAACGCCCUCUGAUUCCCUUUGCACAGCAGCUUCCCCCAGACGUGAUUUUUGCUUUGCCAAGAGAAGAUUUUGUAUCCAUUGGUGGAAACAAUGCAGAACAACAGCCCACCCACUUCACUGUUGGGGUUCAGACAGACUACAGAGAGAGCGAGGCACAGACAGACCCGUACAGCCCUGAAUAUGUGGUACAACCUGGGACCAGUCCGUCUGAACUCCUGCAACUGGCAGCUUUGACUUGGGGUCGUGGUCUGCCUGCAGGCCUGGCAGAAGUGGAAAUGAUACAGCGGGCACGUGCCAAACGAGCUUGGGAAGCCACCCUUCCUCCAUUGGAUGACCUUAGUCAGCUGGACAAAAGGAGACGCAUGAUGGAGGAGAUGGAGGCCAAAGAGUGGGCUUUCAGAGAUGGAGAAAUUCAGAAGUUACAAGAGGCUCGUCUUGCAGUACUGAAAGACCUCUUGAGGCAAAGAGAUGAGGCCCAGAAUGAAGUUACAAGCAGGAGACUGAACCAGAUCUAUUCUAAGCACCAAAAAAACAAGGACACCAAGCUACAAAAGAUUCACAGUGACUACAGCAGGUCACUGAGAAAACUGGAAGCUCAGAGGAGAAAUGUGGAGAGGAUGCUAGAUCAUCGAGGCACUGUCAGAGACUACACAGAUCCUAAGAUACAUGCCCCUUGGACCCGCAGGGUUACGUUCACCAACACCCACAACAAUGAGUUAAAAAGCCGCUACUUAGACACAUAUGAAGGCUUGCUAAAGCUAGAGACAGGACUCUGUGCCUCAGUCCUCAAGCCACAAGUGAAAAGAUUCAAAUCCAAACCUAAAGUCAACAAAGAUGCGAUCAAGCCCUCUGUGAGCAGAGAGGUAGAGCUGAUGAAGACAUACAAGGCGCUGAGGGAGGAGGAGAAGAAGCAAAUGACAGAGAAGUCCUUGCGUUUUCUUGUCAAGAAGGAGAAGCCUGUUCCUCGUCCUGUCACUCCAAGAGUGGAGGAGCCACCAGAGGGGGAUGAGGAGAUAGAGCUUGCAGUCAUCCACUUGCAGAAACUACUGAGAGGGAGAAGUAUCCAAUAUGAGAUGUUUAAGGGCAAAGAGAACCAUCUGGAUCUAAUCCAGGAACUAAGGACUGUCCACGCCCUGCAGAGGGAAGAACAGGAGCUACAAAAAGCUGACAAAGGGCUUGUAAUGACCCUGAAAAAACAGAGAGAAAAACAUCUACACAAGACCUCUCAAAGGGACGCGUCUCAGGCCAGAGUGGUAGGUGCAGAGCUUGAACACCUGUUCUACACCUUGUCCAAGGAGAUGAUUCAUCUCCAGGAGGAGCGUAGGAUCCAUGCUUUUACACUGCUGGCUGAGAGAGACCGUCGUCUACGAGAGGCUGAGGAGAGUGGAAGGAGACAGGUGGAGGAGCGCAGACGCAGAGAAGAAGAUGAGAUCUUUAGACAAGUGGUACAGGUACACCAGCAAACUGUGGAUUUGUAUUUGGAAGACAUUAUCUUAGGGACCUUGGAGCAGACAGCUGACCAGCAGGCCAGAGAGGAGAUCCACAGGAGGGCAAAGGAGGUCAAUGACAUCGCCUAUGCCAUGGAGGAAAGCCGGAGCAAACUUCAGUCAGAAGAGAUUGUGUCAGAGUUGGUGUACAGUUUCCUUAUCCCAGAGAUCGAGAAAAUCAGUGUCAGACAAAGAGUUCGCCAGAAGCAGCAUAGACACUUGCAGGCGGCUCAGAGUAUCAUUCAGAGGACUGCAGAGCAUUGUGGGACCAUUCCAAGGACUCUGGGCGCCUCACAGUCAACCUCUCCCUCUGAAAGAGCCUCCAACCAAGUCCUGGAGGAGAUGAUGAGAAAAGUGGAGCACGAGAAGGAAGCAGAGCAACCCCCUACUCAAACCAAGUAGAGAACUAAACAUAUCAGUGUACUGAGAUGCAGUCUGAUGUGUGAAUUUGAUGUUCAUUCAUAUCAUUAAACCAUAAGUUUCCUAAGC